AUGAGUAAGGCCCUGGACCGCAUCUCUCAGUCACCCUUCACGCGUAGGAUAGAGGGGGUUGAGCUUCCUCGGUGGUUCCACCAGCCCACUUUUGCCAUAUAUAAUGGUCAAACAGACCCCGUAGAGCACGUAAGCCAGUUUAACCAGAGGAUGGCCGUCCAUUCCAGGGACGAGGCAUUGAUGUGCAAAGUAUUUCCGUCUAAUUUGGGACCCAUGGCGAUGAGAUGGUUUGACAGCCUCAAGCCAAACUCCAUAAAUUCUUUUAAGCAGCUAACACAGGCUUUCAGUUCUCGCUUCAUAACGAGCAGCAGGGUUCCUCAACCCUUAGAUUCCCUCCUAUCCUUGUCUAUGCGAGAAGGAGAGAUCUUGAAGGCCUACUCGAACAGGUACUGGGAGAUGUAUAACAAGAUAAAGGGAAAUUACGAUGACGUCACCAUCAGUACAUUUAAGAGAGGCCUGCCGACAGAGCACGGUUUAAGAAAGUCUCUGACUGGGAAACCGGUCACCAGCGUGCGCCAACUUAUGGACCGAAUUGACAAGUACAAGAGAGUCAAAGAGGACCAACAGAUAGGAAAGGGCAAAGCGAAGGUUGUCCCUCAGGAGAGGAGGGACUUCAGGUCGGACCGCUUUAACAACAGUAACUGGCCGAGAAGGGAUUACACGGAGCAGUCUAGAUCCACCGGGGCACAGGCAGUCCAUACUGUGUUCCAAGAACCAUUACUUAAGAUCCUAGAGAAAGUUAAGAGUGAACCAUUCUUUCAAUGGCCAAGUAGGAUGGCAGGCGACCCUGCGAAAUGUAACCAGAACCUAUAUUGCGAAUAUCUCCAAGAAUCGGGCCACACCACCAAUGACUGCAGAAAUCUGAGAAACCACUUGGACCGGCUCGUCCGAGAGGGAAAGUUGAGACACCUCUUACAUCAUCCUAUUGGACGGCAGGAGCAGACGAGCAUCGAGGCAAGGCAAAGCACAUUGAGACCGCCCAUUGGCACGAUAAAUGUCAUUCUCGCCACUCUAGAAAGAACCGGCUCCCAUUCUUCUAGAGUGAUGUCGGUGGCCCGACUCCUCGUUGAAGCUGACGACCGGGAGUCUAAGAGGGCUAAAGGGAUGGCCACACCCAUGCUCGGAUUCUCGGAUGAGGAUAAAAUUGGAACCAUCCAGCCCAACGACAAUGCUCUAGUCAUCACACUCAGGAUUGGGUGA